UGGCCCCACCCUGCCCCACAGUCCCACACGAUCCAGGAGGUGACGCUGGCGCUCGGGCAGGCCCUCGCCAGCAGCUACAACCUGACCCACGACAUGGACACCUGGCUCCGGAGAGCCAGGCCUCAGCGCAGGGCCACCUGGGCCUCCUCAAGACCUGAUGCGGAAGACGCAGCACAGAGGCCAGAGGGUUGGCGCCCGGCUGCAAGCCCAGGACACCACCCUGCGUGCGAGGAGCCAACAGCAGGUUUAGGAGCGGGAGGAGCGGGAGGCCCAGCGGGCUGCCCUGGCCGGCCUGACCUUGGACAUGCAGGCCCUGCAGGACUUGCUGGCUCAUCUGACGCACCUUGUCCAGGCCCAGGGCGCUGGGCUGGCCGCUCUCCUGGAGCAGCUGCUCCGCCCUGACUCCCCUGGCCCCGGGCUGACCCCAGCCCCGCCAAGAGACACAGGAGCCCCCAGGCCCAGACAGCCAGAGGACACGGCCCCCCAAGAGCCCAGGAUAGAUGCAAGCCCCCUGCUUGUCUUCCCCAAUGCCUCUGCUGAGAACGCAGUCUUCCUGUGCCCGGCUUCCACGCGGGCUGCGGCGCUGUCCAUCUGCAGCUGGGUGCCCACGGCCGCCGGCCACCUGGGCACUCUCCUCUCCUACGCCACAGUGGACAAUGACAACAUGCUGGUGCUGCAUGGCCGCCGCUCACUGCCCCCCAGCAACCUGCACUUCGUGAUCGGGGACCCGGCCUUCAGGGAGCUGCCCCUGCAGCCGCUGCUCGACGGCCACUGACACCACAUGUGCGUCACCUGGACGUCCGUCCUGGGCCGAUAACGGCUCCACGUGGACUGCAGGCUCGUGGCCGCCAGCUCCCGCUUCCAGGAGGGCUACAAGAUCCCGCCCGGAGGGUCCCUGGUGGUGGGCCAGGAGGAGCAAGACAGCGUGGGGGGCAGCUUUGACAACAUGGAGGCCUUUGUGGGCAGCAUGGCCGGCUUGGCCAUCUGGGACCAGGCGCUGGUGCCUGGGGAGGUUGCCGACCUUGCCACCGGGCGGGAGUGCCCAGCGGGCGCCAUCCUGACACUGGCCAGCACCGCCUCGGUCGGGGGGUUUGUGCAGAGGAUCGCCUGCCCCUGCCUGGAGCUGUCCCUGAGGCCUGGCCCCUCACCACUGCGGGUGUGCCCUGGGCCGCCAGGAGGAGCCAGCCGCCUGCCAUCCCGAUGCCCUGAGGGCCAGACAUGA